AAAAUUGCAGUACUAGAUCUUUAAUGCACAAUCAAAACUAAAUUGCAAACUUCUGAACACAGCUAAAGCUCUGAUGUUUUAUUAAAGUUAAAGAUUAUAUGGAUAAAUUAAACAUUUCUUAAUGUCUAGUUGUGUUUAUCAAAUAGAUUUAUAUUUAGUAGUAGAUAUUUAGAUUCAUUGGUUAUUUUUGAAAACGAUAAAAUUGAAAAAAAAUGUCGCCAAAUAAGAAAAGCAAUGGCUUCAUAAUGUUUACACUUGAAUACCGAAUAAAAUCUGGAAAAGAUUUGACAUUGGAGGAAGCUGUUUAUGAGUCUGGAGCAGUAUGGGAGAAAAUGUCUUCGGAAGAUAAAGAUCGAUAUAAACAAAAGGCAGGUAAAACUACCAACGGACGAUAUGAACAAGAAAAAUGUACAAGCUUUCGAAUUCCAUUAAAAGAAAUAGAAGAAAAAGAACGUACAGAAAAGCUGCAGCAAGUGAUAAUGGAAUUAACUAUACAAAAUUUAAUUCUCUCAAACUAUCAUCAAGAUGAUUUGGACAAUUUUACAUUUUAUUUCUUCAGUACAUCAUAUUUCGUUCAUAGCAUUGCAGGAAAAAUUUAUCCUGCUGAGAUAGCAAUGGCAAAGUUCAGCAUGUCCAAAGGUGUUUACGACACAAUGCAUAUGAUCAUCAAUCCAGGAGAGUUGCCAAUUGGUUUGUACCUUGAUGCACUAACUCAUUCUAAGAAGACACACAAAAUGGAAUUAUCAACAAAUUUCGAAGGCAUUUCCAAUGACAAUGAGAUUCUAAAGAGAAUUUUAGAAUUCAUGAAUGAGAAAGAGAUUCAGCCAAUGUUCACAGCUCCCGGAAUGCACAACGAUGAUUAUAAAGCAGGACUUAUGACAUUGGAACAAAUUACGAAGAAUGUUGGCACUGAAAAUGAAUUUCGUUUGUAUCCAGCUGAGCAUCUUCUUUUUCAUUUACAAAGAAGUUUAAUUAAUGAAUCUAAUCAAGAAGAGUUUCCUUUUUCAUCAGUUUUCUUGGCUAGAAAUGCAAUUUUGCAAGAUCCUUUCACACAUACAGAUAAUUUGGGAUGUGAUUAUCAUAAUGAAAUUGACUGCACAACGUUCUGUUGCUUGUCAAUCGUCAAACGUUUGGGAUAUCAAAUUUCUAACUUUUGUGUAGAUAAAAGCAAAAGAUUGCCAGGAAGACAUUUUCCAGUGAAAAUUGAUAAAAGUUUACGAUCGUCUUUCAUAAAACGGCAAGAAAAAUUUAUCGAGUUUGACAUUCAACCAACUUUCAGAAUGUCAAAUAUUUUCAAAAAUUUAAGCAUGAGAAUUGAACAAUCACUUGAACUUCACUUCAACGUUCCAAAAGAUGUUUAAUUACUUAAUAAGAACUUAUUAUUAAAUGCUUAAUAAUAGUUCAUCAUCUUUGUUAUUUGUUUGAAAUUUAAUGGACAACAAAACUUUAAUUGACUCAUCCUCAAAAACUUUUUCAAGAGCUUUUAACUUGCGAUCGUUAUCAUCAUUAAUAAUUCAUUUUCACCAUGAUUUCUGGAACCAAAUAAUGAACACUUUCGCUCAUAGAACCUUCCAUUACCAACCUUGAUUUACAAAUUUAAUAAAAGUAACAAGUCGGAAAAU